AUGCAAGACCAAACAGAACGCCUUGAGUCCUUCCAAGACGGCAGCGACCGGAACCUGCAACUCACGAGGAUGGACCUUCCCACACUACACCGCUACUUUGAGGUGGCGGAGGAGCUGUAUGCAGCUGGUCAUUGCCUGCAUGCCUUUGUCACGUUGCAUGCCCUUAUUGCAGCCCCAACCAUCAUUCCACCGUACUACCGUCGUGAGGAAAUUUUGUGUCGGGUGCGUGCGGCUGAAAUGCUUUUGUACAAUUCCUUGCAGCUGCCGCGAAGGAAACAAAGUGCAGGGCGUGGUAAUGCCGCGCCCUCCGUAACAAUGGCGCAGCUCGAUUUAGUGUAUUCCGUCUUGUCUCCGAUGAUGUCUUCCCGAGGCUACUUGGAGGGCGUCGUUGUUUCCCCGCUACUGUGGUGUAGCGGCAAGCGCGACAGUGCUGCCGUCACUGCUAGGGAACGAAAAGAAUCGUCAGAAGUGGAGAGGGCGAAGGCUGAGGAGGAGGAGGAAGAUGGCGAUGGCAGAAUUGUGCCAGUGGCGUUAGUUGUAAAGGCAUACACGUUGAGUGCGAUCGUGCAUUGUCGUCGGAUGCGACACACACAAGCGGUAAAGUGUGUCGAGGCGGCUGAGCAGUGGUGCAAUACUGCCUUCCACACACUACUUGCUGGUCUGGCGACGAGUCUCACAGACGACACUGUGGCGGAGGUCCAAAAUAGGGAAGAAAAACGCUGCUGUGAUGCCUUUCUCUCCGUGGAGUUCUGUCGAGUGUAUUACUCACAGCUUGUGAGCACUACAACCUCCGUCGCUACAGUAAAUUGCACGCCGAGCACGGCGGUCCUUCAUGCUACACGUGCACACGCCAUGGAACGACUACUCUACCAUGCAAAGGACUACGCAAGGUACGCCACAUCCAGUGGCUUGGAGCAGCGUCCUCUUGAUAUGGGAAUCGGCAGAAAGUGUAGCUCACUGUGUUUUUCUUCCCCAACGAAUUCGUUUUCCAUACGGGCGGCGGCGCGUGUACUGGCACAGUAUUACUGUGCCACAUUGAUCCUUGAUCAACAAGUUAUAGAGGCGGAGCGACAUAUGCAGCGGUGUGAAGUGAUAUUUGGUGCCUCUCCCGAGCUGCAGUGUAUGAUGCAGCUUUUGGCUGUGGGCCUCCGGGGCCCGUUGGGGUGGGAUAGGCUGCGACGUGUGAAGCGGCAGCGCAGUGAAUCGGUGUCCGCCGAAUGUCAAGCAACGAUGGAUGAGAGAGGUGUGCCGUUGAAUGGGAAACUGCGCUGGCUUUCCGAUGGCUUGUUAGCGGCAUUAAAGUGUUACUUGGCCAUGCAUGCAGCUGCGAUGGGUACUACGGCUACCGAGGCAGCACUGCCUCUCACCUCGGGGCAAACAAAUUCCCCUGUUGAGGUGUACGCAGAGAACGAUAUAAAUCGUCUAAGUAAGAAUAAUCAGGUGCGCUCUCUGUUUGGACGUACACUACGUUGCAUUGAUGAGCAGUUGACGCUUCUAACCACAGAGACGGUUCACUGCCACGAAUUGCACAACACACUGAAGAGUUUGCUGUGCAGCUCUCCCUCGGCUGAUAUUCGUUUUUUGGUGAUGCUGAAGUGUGCAACACUUGUGACAAUGAGUACAUAUGCGCUCUCGCAAUUGUGGCUGGUGGAGGGCGUGAGACACCUUCACCAGCUGCGUCGCUACAUGGAGGUGUUCCACAAGCACACGACAAGUCUACGGGCGCACUACCAUCUCAUCGUCUCUCAGCUAACCUCGAUGCUUUCAUUGCGGCAUCUCUCAUGUGAAGGUCAUGCUUCAAAGGGCACAGAGACGGGUGAGCAUAAGCGACUCUCUGAGAAGGAUGAUGAAGAACGUACAGCUGGGUUUGAUGUGGGAUUGCCAUAUGCACACGUAAUUGCCGCGGAGGCGGCAGCAUUAAAUACAGCUGCUGUUUGCCUCUGUAGCCCGUCCACGCUGUUGCUUGUGCUGCUUGCGAAGGGAGCUGCGAUUUCCCAUGCGGCCCGUGUGGGGUCAGCACUUCACCUCAAUGAUGACGGAGUCACGAUUACGAGCCUUACUGUACACCAGCGGCAUCGUUGCGCCACAGCUCUCAUGCACGUAUUGGAGGCCCUCAAGACAAGCUUUGAGGCGGCAUCUGCAACUGAAGAUGAAAGCGGAGAAUACGGCGGGGAACGUGGCCUUCGACAAAGGAGGUCUGCGUGGACUCCGUCUAAUCACGUGUUUUUGCUUUUCCUUCGUGGUGUGGCUGCCAUGACAGCGGAAAAGGACGAGUUAACGGCCACUUGCAUGUUUAAGGAUGCUUUGCAGCAUGUAAGGCGGUAUGUAGGCCUCACUAGUGGUGUUGCCGCGGAGUUGUUCUACCUUCUUGCAAUGGCAUACAAUGAGUCGGAACGGGCAGAGCUGCACUCAUGCGAAACACCCACGUCUGUCUCAGAAACUUUUGAUGAAUCUUUUUUUGCUGUUGCCAAUGAGACAAAUUGUAAUGCGCAGCGCAACUUUUCGCUGGCGUGGCAAGUGGCUUUACAUGCAAGGCGGUUGACACUGUUGCACUGUGUCUUGGCCCUGCAGGAGAGUGACAGUAAGGAAAGCUAUCGACACAUCGUGGGCGAGUGGAAUACGGAGGUGCAUCGUGUGUGUUCACUUAUGCGACGUGAGUUAAUGGAGGUGGUUGCCCUGUAG